GCCAUUCACGAUUUCUCAGCCGGUGCUAUGGAAAACUUUGGUUUAAUUACUUACAGAACUGUUGAUUUAUUAAUUGAUCCAGAGAACACCAAUGUUAAUACCAAGCAAAGAGUAACUGAAGUUGUUAUGCACGAAUUGGCCCAUCAAUGGUUUGGAAAUUUGGUCACCAUGGAUUUCUGGGAUGGUUUAUGGUUAAAUGAAGGGUUUGCCACUUGGAUGUCAUGGUAUGCUUGUGAUUCCUUAUAUCCAGAUUGGAAAGUUUGGGAAUCAUAUGUUUCUGACUCUUUACAACAUGCCUUAACCUUGGAUGCUUUAAGAGCUUCUCACCCUAUUGAAGUUCCUGUCAAGAGAGCCGAUGAAAUCAAUCAAAUCUUUGAUGCUAUUUCCUAUUCCAAAGGUUCGUCUUUGUUGAAGAUGAUCUCCAAAUGGUUGGGAGAAGAUGUAUUCAUCAAGGGUGUAUCUAACUACUUGAAGAAACAUAAAUGGGGAAAUACUCAAACUUCAGACUUGUGGGAAGCUUUAAGUGAUGCUAGUGGUGAAGAUGUUGUUAAAGUUAUGGAUAUUUGGACCAAGAAUGUUGGUUUCCCUGUUGUUACUGUUAAAGAAGGCGCUGGUGGUUCAAUCACUAUUACCCAAAACCGUUUCUUAGCCACUGGUGAUGUUAAGCCAGAAGAAGAUACCGUGUUGUACCCUGUUUUCUUGGGAUUAAAAACCACAAGCGGUACUGGCCCUUCAUAUACCUUAAAUGACAGAUCACUCACUUUUGAGAUUAAUACCAGUGACGAUUUCUUCAAACUUAACGCUGACCAAGCUGGUAUUUAUCGUACUGCUUAUGAACCUUCUCGUUGGACCAAGUUAGGAAAGGCUGGUGUUGAAGGUAAACUUUCAGUCGAAGACCGUGUUGGUUUGGUUGCAGACGCUGGUUCAUUAGCCUCUUCUGGGUUUAUUGACACUUCAAGUUUGUUAGACUUGGUCAAGUCCUGGUCUAAAGAAUCAAACUAUGUAGUUUGGGAUGAAAUCUUGACUAGAAUCGGAUCCAUCAAGGCUGCCUUCAUGUUUGAAGAUGAAGCUACCAAGGAAGCAUUGAAGGUUUUCACAAGAGAUUUAAUUGGUGGAAAAUUGAGCCAAAUCGGAUGGGAGUUCUCUGAUAAUGACACAUUUGCAGCUCAACAAUUGAAAUCCUCCUUGUUUGCAUCCGCUGCCAAUGCUGACGAACCAAACACUGUUGCAUUCGCCAAGAAGGCAUUUGCUGAAUUUGUUGCUGGUGAUAAGAAAGCUAUUCAUCCAAACUUGAGAGCUUCUAUUUUCAAUGUUGUUGCCAAGAAUGGUGAUUUGUCAACUUUUGAUCAAUUAUUCAAUAUCUACAGAAACCCACAAUCAGUGGAAGAAAAGAUUGCUGCCUUAAGAGCAUUUGGUAGAUUCGAAAAUGAUGAAGUUAUGGAAAAAGUCACCGGAUUGUUGUUACAAACUGAUAUUAUCAAACAACAAGAUAUUUACAUCCCAAUGCAAGGUUUAAGAGCUCAUAGAGCUGGUAUCGAAAAGUUAUGGGCUUGGUUAACUGUCAACUGGGACCGUGUAUAUGAAUUAUUACCACCAGGUUUAUCUAUGUUGGGUUCAAUUGUUACCCUUGCCACCUCAGGAUUCACUAGACCAGAACAAAAGAAGGAAGUUGAAGAAUUCUUUGCCACCAAGAACACCAAGGGUUAUGACCAAGGGUUAGCUCAAUCCUUAGACAUUAUUACUGCCAAGGGUAAGUGGGCUCAACGUGAGGCUGAAUCUAUUUACAAGUGGCUCGAACAAAACGGUUACACCAAGUAAAUAUAAUGUUUAUUUUUAUCGACUAUAAACAAUCUUUUUUAUUUAUAAAUGUACCUGAACUUCUCUGAAAAUGAAUGCAAUGUGAAACAGUCUACUGGCUAAGAUAUCUUUUUCUAAAAUGCUAUUUUCUGUUUGCAUAUCUCUUCCAACCUUUAUCAAUACUGGCUGUUUAUCAGAUUCAGUGAAAGAACAAUUAUUGACGUAAUAUCUAACCAAAUCAUGUUCCUGUAUCACUUCUCCAUGCAACACAAUGCAUGAGAAAUCCGAUAAUAUACCUUUUCUUGAUAAUAACUGAAACCUUGACUCAUUAAGCAAACAGUGGUUAAUUACAAAUUCGAGAAAUAACUGACCGGCUUUUCUCAUAUAAGAAGUGAAGCAUGUUAAUUCAAAUUCCUUGGCAUUUGGUCUUGAGUUUCCAUGAAAGGAUCUAACACCAACGCUUGCAAUCACACGGCUGAGAACAUUGUUAUCUAAUUCAAAAUCAUCAGAGACAACCAGUACUUUGACCUCCGAAUUCAAUUUGUCUAAAUUGAAUAAUGGAUAGUAUCGCUCAGGUAUAUCACAAUGGAAACAGUCUUCAAAUGUAGUAGCUUCAUGGGAAAAAUCUCGUAUGUAUCCAUCAUCUUGCUUUAAUUGGUCAAACGUUUGUUUUGAUCCUAGUAAAAUGUAUAAACAGAUUUCGUCUUUCAAGUCGAUUGAAAGAUCACUUAGAAUAGAAUCAACUUUUUUUAUGCGGGACGAUUUGAUAAUUCCAUAUUUGAAUCUUGGCUUAUCGUAGGAACGAUUAAUAAGGUUUCUCAACCCUUCGAACUUGGCAGAACCUCCUGAAUGAAUCCAGCUAUAUGGUAAUAUUAGUACCUCAAAUACCAUCCUGAU